AUGCGAGCCAUAAUUUUACCAUAUAUUUUGUUCUUGGCCACUCUGGCACGGGCGCAGCUAUCUGGUCCCGUCGGUCCACUGGUGGACUACAGCACUAAAGCCAGGAAUCAAACCUGCAACAUUAUCGAUUACGGAGCUCUCGCAGAUGGUAAGACAGAUAUUUCGCAGCCCCUACUCGAUGCCUGGGGAAAUUGCUUUGUGGGGGGACUGGUCUACAUCCCACCUGGUAACUACUCGCUGGCCGAGGAUAUCGAGCUCAAGCACGGCCAGUCCUCUGCAAUUCAGCUUGACGGUGUGAUUAUGCGCGGACACCGCGGAUCGUAUCAGAUGAUUCUGAUCCGUGACUGCAACGACUUCGAACUCUUCAGCGGCAACUCCCGCGGGGCCAUCCAGGGCUUUGGGUACGAAUAUUUGCAAAAUGAGACCUACGGCGAGAGACUGCUGCGUAUCCAAGAGGUUAGCAAUUUUUCGGUGCAUGGAUUUGCACUUGUUGACUCGCCCUCCUACUACAUCGUCUUUGAUACCGUCUCCAGUGGAGAGGUAUAUAACAUCUUGAUCCGCGGCGUGACAUCAGUGGGGGCGACAGAUGCCAUCGACUCUCUGGCGCACAACUAUCUGAUCGAGAAUAUCUACUGCAAUCUAAGUGGUGGGACCGCCAUUGGCUCCUUAGGCACAGGCACCAAUAUUUCUGACAUUCACUACCGCAAUCUCUACCUGAAUCGAGCAGAUGCGUGCUUCCUGAAAAGUAACAAUGGGGAUGGAGUUGUUAAGAAUAUCAUCUGGGAGAAUGUCAUAGUUCACGGCGGUCCGUACCCGCUAGCCAUAGACGAGGCCUGGGGGGACGACCGAGGCUCAGUAGGAGUUCAAGUGUCCAACCUCACAUUCCGAAACUGGCACGGAGAAUCUGCUAGCGCCUCACGCCCAGUGAUCCGUCUACAGUGUGACUCUGACAUCCCAUGCUACGAUAUUACCAUUGACAAUGUGAACCUCUGGGCUAACGACACCAGCUAUGUGGUCUGGCUGUGUGAAAAUGCCUAUGGAGAUGGGGCCUGUCUCCCUAGUGCAAAGGGAACAACAGAUUUGAAGUCUUUUACCAGCAAACAGACUAUAACUGCCACCCCGUCCUAUGCUGCGCCAAUAAUGGCAGCUGACUUCACCUCUGAUCUGCCAUCAACGAGCCCUUUUACUAUUCCUCCCAUGCCGACGAGUUUCUACCCGGGUGCUACUCCCAUCUCAACACUCCUACAUCUCCAUGGUGCGGGUGGUCUCCCGUCAGCAUCUCCCGUUUCACAUCAUCGACGACGGCAUUGA